GAGUGAUACAAUUAAUGGCAGCUCUCAUUCAGGGGAGGAGUCGUGCACAUGCAGAGUCCACCUCUGCUGAAGCAUUUCUGUGAUAAAUGAAGGAAUCACGGGCUAAAGAAGAUGAAGAAAACUCAAUAGAAGAAGUUUCACAGGGCAGGUACAUACACAGGACAAGCCAAACUGGGACUUCAGGAGUUGACGCUCUUAAUUACUUUACCAUCAAGGGAACCAGGAGGACAUUAAACUGACCAUGCUGCUACGAAGGCUGAGCCUGUGUUCAAGGAUCCCAUUGGAUUACCCGAGACACGUAUGCCGGUUUCUCACCAGACCAGUAACACAAGUUCCCCAGACGAGAGCCCAUGCCAGCUCCUUCGCACACCGCGGUGAACUGCGUCAGGCCAAGAGGAUCGUAGUCAAGCUCGGCAGCGCUGUGGUCACCCGUGGAGAUGAAUGUGGCCUGGCUUUGGGGAGGCUGGCCUCCAUUGUGGAGCAGGUGGCCAUGCUGCAGAAUCAAGGCAGAGAGAUGAUGAUUGUCACCAGUGGAGCGGUGGCUUUUGGCAAGCAAAGAUUAAGACAUGAGAUCCUGCUGUCCCAGAGUGUCCGUCAGGCGCUGCACUCGGGACACAAUCCGCUCAAAGACGUGUCCUUGCCAGUGCUGGAGGCCCGGGCCUGUGCGGCGGCGGGACAGAGUGGCCUGAUGGCGCUGUAUGAGGCCAUGUUCACCCAAUACAGCACUUGCACUGCACAGGUCCUGGUGACAAAUCUAGAUUUCUAUGAUGACCAAAAGAGGCAGAAUCUGAACAGCACACUGCAGGAGCUGCUGCGUAUGAACAUCGUGCCUAUCAUCAACACCAAUGACGCUGUGGCGCCCCCGCCGGAGCCCAACAGCGACCUGCAAGGGGUGAUCAGCAUUAAGGACAACGACAGUCUGGCGGCGCGGCUAGCUGUAGAGAUGAAGGCUGACCUCCUUAUCGCCUUGUCUGACGUGGAAGGACUGUACAACAGCCCCCCCGGAACAGAUGACUCCAAGCUCAUUGACAACUUCUACCCUGGAGACCAGAACACCAUCACUUAUGGUACAAAGUCCAGAGUGGGGAUCGGUGGCAUGGAGGCAAAGGUCAAGGCUGCCUUGUGGGCGCUGCAAGGUGGCACCUCAGUGGUCAUCGCCAAUGGCACCCACCCCAAAGUAACCGGUCAUGUCAUCACUGACAUUGUGGAGGGCAAGAAGGUGGGAACCUUCUUCUCUGAGAUCAAACCUGCAGGCCCAACUGUGGAGCAUCAGACAGAAAUGGCACGUAACUCUGGAAGAACCCUGGCAUCUCUGCACCCAGACCAGAGGAGCGAGAUCAUCUGCCAUCUAGCAGAGCUGUUGUCUGAAAAGAAGGAAGAGAUUCUGGCUGCCAACAAGAUGGACAUGGACCUGGCUGUGAAUGCAGGCCAUUUGCCAGCAGCCAUGCUGAAGCGUCUGAGCUUGUCACCGGCCAAACUUAACAGCUUGGCCGUCGGUCUGCGCCAGAUCGCUGUGGCCGCCCAGGACAGUGUGGGUCGUGUGCUGCGCAGGACCAGGGUGGCUCAGAACCUGGAGCUGGAGCAGAUCACUGUGCCCAUUGGAGUUCUGCUGGUCAUCUUCGAGGCCCGACCCGACUGCCUGCCACAGGUGUCUGCAUUGGCCAUAGCUAGUGGCAACGCUCUCCUGCUGAAGGGAGGCAAGGAGGCAGCCAACACCAACCGGGUGCUCCACCAGCUCACCCAGGAAGCCCUUUCCAUGCACGGAGUCAGAGAGGCGGUGCAGCUGGUGAGAAAUCGCGAGGAGGUGGAGGAUCUAUGCAAACUGGACAAGAUGAUCGACUUGAUUAUCCCUCGAGGUUCAUCCCAGCUGGUGAAGAACAUUCAGCGGGCGGCCAAGGGCAUCCCGGUGCUGGGUCACAGCGAGGGAAUCUGCCACGUCUACGUCGACGCCGAAGCCUGCGUUGACAAAGUCAUCAAAAUCGUCAGAGACUCCAAGUGCGACUACCCAGCUGCAUGUAAUGCCAUGGAAAGCCUGCUGAUUCACAGGGACAUCCUCAGGACUCCACUGUUUGACAAGAUCAUUGACAUGUUGCGCACUGAACAGGUGAAGAUUCAUGCUGGCCCUCGUUUCGCCUCCUACCUGACAUUCAGCCCUUCAGAGGCAACGUCCAUGCGGACAGAGUACGGUGACCUGGAGUGCUGCAUGGAGGUGGUGGACAGCAUGCAGGAGGCCCUGGACCAUAUUCACAAGUAUGGCAGCUCCCACACAGACGUCAUCAUCACAGAGAAUGAGGACACAGCGCAGCAGUUUCUGCAGCAGCUGGACAGCGCCUGUGUGUUCUGGAACGCGAGCUCGCGUUUUGCUGAUGGCUUCCGCUUUGGACUUGGAGCGGAGGUGGGUAUUAGCACGGCCCGUAUCCAUGCCAGGGGCCCAGUCGGCCUGGAGGGGCUGCUCACCACCAAGUGGCUGCUGAGAGGGGACGGGCACACCGCAGCAGACUUCUCUGAGCAGGGUACCAUGAAGUACCUCCAUGAAAACCUGCCUGUUGGGCCUCCUCUCGCUGGGCAGAGGGACAGCAACUAGACCACUGAUUUCACAAACACUCACUUGGCCUCAGCAUUGGUCAAACUGGUUUGCACUGCCCUCCAGCAGCUCCGUCUGGGCGCGUGUUGCGGAUAAAGGAUGACAUCACCGUUAAAAAGAAAUCUCUGAAGCACACAGCAUGGAGAGAGAAGCUUAACACACCAAUGGUACAAAUGUUCCCUGUUCAGACUUCAGACUGUUACUAAGAGUUUACAAGUGUUUUAAAUUCUACCUCAGCUUAUGAUUCUUUGUAUACGAGUUGUCAGAUGUCAGAAUAUUAACCAUUAGCUUUAUUAAUAUAGUAAAAACGGUAUAAAGAUGGGUUUUUUAGAAACCGCAUGAAACAAUUCAAAGAUUGAGAUUUAUUGGGGAAGAUGAUUCCAUUCGGUCGGGACUGAAACGGCAAAGAUCACCUUUUUGUUUUGCAAUUGGAGCGUUGAAAUAAAAAGAAACGCGGAACUAAAAAUAGGGAAUCGAAGAGACAAACGUGUACUUUGCCAAUUUUAUUGUGUAAAGCCUCCCAAGAGUUAAUGUAUUUGUGGUCAAAGGUCAGAACAGUUAUUCUCUCUAGCCAAUAAAACACAAUAUUAUGAUGAUGAGCAUGUUGUAUCUUUUAUCUAAAAUAUGUUUAAUUUAUUUAAUAUUUUAUAUCAAAGUCUCAAAAAAACAAACAAUUUCUGGCUAUAAUUGUACAUAUUCUGUAACCAAGGUCUAAUUUUCUUUAAUUUAUUGCAUUGGCUCGUUACCCACAAGGAUCAUACUGAUGGACUGUAAGUGCUUUCUUUGUUCAUUUGAAGUUGUUUUGUUUCUUGCUAUAAUUCCAGGUUGUAUGUUUCUGAAUCUACAGGUUUUAUGAUUAGAUGAGUUGAUGGUCUAGAUCAUUUCAGACAUGGAACUAAUAGCGCUCCAAGUUGGCAUUUAAAUAGAACAUGUAGCUUCCUCUCAGUUAAAUUAAAUACAUGUGUGUUACAGAUUUUAAGAUUUCUGUAUUAAAACUUAAUUACAUGGUGAGAAUUUAUAGCAUAAUGAACAUUUAUACAAAAGUAUAAGCACAUUUACCAGUUUUUGUUUUUAAAGCAAGUUAGAAUACUUGUAUGCAUCCAUUUUAUUUACACUUUUUUUUUUUUUUUUUUUUUGAUCAUUGUUACAAGUUGUGCUCAUUUUUCCAUGCUUUGCUGCGUUCCCGCUUGUUCAUCGUGGCGCCCAAAGCCUCUGUCAGAGCAGGAACAGUAAUUGACAAGCUGCCUCCUUCAAGCUGGAGGGGAGAACGCAACUGCUUUUAAAUUAAGCUUUGUAACAUUCCAGCUUCUGAGCUCCUAUCUGAAGUCUUGCAAUGCACACUUAAGGGUUGUAUAAUAGCAGUAUUGUAGAAU